AUGGCUCCUAGUCGGCGACGCCUUGGCCGCACACUCCGUCGUUAUCGUCGUCGCAGUGCCACCAAUGGCAGUAUUAGUAUUCGCUCAACAAAUGGAACUGGACCUUUGCAAGUCAUUAAUGAGAACACUGUCGUAGAACUCACUGAAGAUGAAGCGUUUGACAGCAACUCGCGCUUUGGUUUCUCGCCCACGACGCUGGCAAUUGCAUCACCAAAGAAGCAGAAGAAUAAGAAGAGGAAGACACACAAGAGACGACGCGAAUCUGUUAUCGUUCAAUCCGAGAAGAAACGUUUACAGCACCUGGAAACGCUCCUAGAUGAGCUGGAAACGCAAGUUCAGGAAAAGUGUGACGAGUUGGUGGUGGAUGCAGAGAGACGUGCGCAAGAGCUGGAGGUAGAGCUUAAGAUGCAACUGCUCAUCGUGCCAGCUGCUGUGCGGCAGAUGCCCUGGGAAACCUUCGUAAAGGACUUUGGAGGAGAUUUGCACAAUGCUAUUAGCAGCUUGUCCCAUUCCCAGACGUCUCCUCUGUGUUUAAAGUCUUCUGUAGCUCGACAUGACAUCGUUGAUGCUACGCCAUGCACCGUCGCGGUCCGUGCAAGAAGCGACGAGGAUGGCGACAACGAUACUAGUCACGACUCAGACGAUCACCGCCUGUCGUUGUAUAAGACACCCUUAGAUGGACGUUGGAUGAAGACACUCCCACACACUGUUUUGCGGACGGCACGCAAGGGAGAAACUACGUAUUCAGUUCGAGGUUCCCCUAUCAUUCCCGAUACUGUGGCAAAGGCGCCUGCUGGAUCAUUGAUUGCUACUUUUGAAAAGGGUUUGGAACCAACAACUUGCUUGCGGCUUGAUAGUGAGCGUGUUCUUAACUUAUCUCAGCCAGAAGAAUUGUCAGCAAAGUCGCGCAGAGAGGCUACUACUAAGUUAAAGGCACUUCAGGCCAAGGUCGCACAGUUAUUACGACAGAUCAACCCUUGCGCUCAGUAA